CCGGAGGAAGCAGAAGGGUGGCCGGGGUGGAGCUUCGCGGAGACUCAAAGGGGAACUCUGGCCACCAGCAGGCCGUCCCCUCCGGUGAACCAGAGCGGAAGGAGGACCGCCGGGCGGGAGGCCCCAUGGAGAGGCGGCGGGCCCCGCCGGCCCCCCGCUCGGGCCCCUGGCUCCUGGGUUUGCUCCUGCUUCCCUGGACCCUGCAGCGCGCAGCCAACAAGUCCGUUUCCUUCAGCUGCAAAAUCUCCUACCCCCCCGAACUGAGGAACGUCACAGCCUGGUACUUUCACGUGGACCUCCAGAGUCAGAGGAGCCCUGAAAAGCAGAUUAACUGCUCGCCCAGCCAGGUCAGAGAGAACCAGAUGCACAGCCUGAAAUGCCGGGUCAGCCCCAGGCUGCCAGACGCGUCGGCCACCGGCACCUACUACUGCUCCGCGCACUGGCCGAAGUUGAUAAGAAUCAGCAAUGGCGUCUUCAUCCUGGUCAGAGACACAGGGUACCGACAGCCCCCGCAGGGCUCCCAGAAGCUUCUGCUGUUGUGUUUCAUGGGCCUCCUGACUGCGCUAAGCAUCUUGGUCACCGGUCUGCUCUUCUGGAAGAAGAGACAGAUGCGGGCUCCCCGGAAGGGCCUGGACCCCGGCACUGCCCACAGCAAGGAGCAGCCUCAGGCCGAGUCCAUCUACACGACUCUCCAGGGCAGAGACACUGAAAUCUACUCCUGCAUCCAGAACGUGCCCAGCAGCCUGCCCCCCGCCCAGAGCCUUGUCUCCCAGGAGAAAAUGCACGGAUUUACAGAUGACAGCAACUUUAACCUGGUCUAUGAAAAUCUCUAGCAUGAGCUCCACGGGCCGUUCGGUCUCGUCCUGGAUCAGAUGCCCCACUGCAGUCCCUCCUUCCACAGGACUUGUCCGGUACCAGGACGGAGGCCCCAGGGGCGCCCCAUCACCUUGCCCCCACAUUCAAGGCAUUUCUGGCCUUGGUCUGCACCCCUGCUUCUGUGCCCCAGCCCCCAGACCCACCGAGCGUUUCACACCUGUCGCCCCAUCAGUGGGCCCUUCCUCAGUCCCCCGGGCUCUCUUCGACACAGCCCCUCCCCAAGCCGCCCUUGCCCUUUCCAGGACCCAGGGGCUCUGGGCGCCAGCGUGCACCUCGGCCUGCGGGGCCAGCUCCGGGCUCCUCAGGAAGUUCCCGGCAAGGGACCGAUGUCAGCGCUGUGAGCAGAGCAUCCUCGGGAGGAAUAAAGGAGCAGCUGUACAAAUGUCCCA